GCCAGGCUCGGCAUCUGUCUCGGGAAUCGAACUGGUUGCUCACUCUGCGGGCUCUCUCGCGCGAACGCUGCGGUGGCCAUGUCAUUUCCUAAUCUCCACUGCCAUGCGCGUCUCGACUGCUUCGAUCCUCGCCGUGCUCGCGUCGACGGCCUCCGCCAAGAUGGCCAACCACCAGUGCGUCGACAUCUACCGCGGCGCCCGCUACUGCUUUGAAGCCGACGGCGUCGUCUGCGGCGCGUCCGAAGGCGCCUGCCCCAAGGCCGGCACGAAGGCCGGCGCCCGCUGCCUCGACUUCCUUGAGAGCUACAACGGCGACUCGUGCGUGCUCCCGCGCGACACGGUCUGCGAGGAAAUGGACAACAAGUGGCGCUGCGUCCUGCCCGGCAAGCCGUCCGAGCAGUCGCACGGCUACGUCACUGCGCCUGGCACGCAGCCCACCAAGACGGAGAUGGCGCAGCCCCGCCACGGCGGCCUCGGCUCGCCCAAGACCCACAAGCCCCAUACGCCGGCCCCGACGACCGAGGACGUCGAUAACGACGAAGGCAGCGACUCGACCGAGGGCAGCGACUCGGACAGUGGUAGCAGCAACAACGAAUCGGAUGAUGGCAGCGACGAUGACGCCACCACAAAGCCUCUCGGUGACAGCGCCAACACCAACCCCAACGACACGGGCGGCAUCGACGACACGAUGGCGUCUGUCCUCGGCAACCCUGUGACACAGGCGCCGACCAACUACACGCUCGGCGACGCCGCGACGGCUGCGCCGACCACCGAGACGGUCCAUUCGGUCUCGAACCAGGCCGAGAGCGGUGCGACAGGUGUCAACGAAGCGCCGUCGCAGGGCAUGGUGGCCGUGUACGCCGUUGGCGGUAUCGCGUGCGUGGCGGCGGCCAUGUUCGCCGUGCACAAGCGCCGGGCGACGUUGAAGGCCAAGGCCGACGACGAGUGCCUCGUGACGCCGGCCGUGCCGCACCCGGACAUCCUGCCCAAGGAGGGCUCGACGACGCCGACGCUCAUGGCCUCGACCGAGAAGAUCAAGGUCACCAACGUCUAAGCCCUCUCGUGUCUUCGUCGUAAUUCAUUAACUUGGCGCUCGAUAUAUGUUGUACCCUAUGACCACUUGCC